GUGUAAGUCGAUGUACGCGAAUAAUGCUCUGUGUGCGCGUGUGCGAGUGUGUAAUCAAAGGUAAAAGAUGCUCAUAGACUCGUCGCACGUGUUGACUGUGCAGUGGGCGCCAGGAGGAGGCGGAGGAGGAGGUGGAAGAGGAGCGUAAGAGGACAAUGAGCGCCACGCGCCACCACCACGCCUUUGUCUCCCGCAACAUCACCGGCGGGAGCCACGCCUGGACCGCCGCCACCCUCACCGGCUCCGGCUCCGGCUCCGGCUUGGGCUCUCCCGCGGACGCGUUCGGGCCCUCCGAGCUCCAGAGCGCCGCUGAAGCAUCGCCGACGGUGGCGAUGGCACCUCGGGCCGCCCACCCGUUCCCCACCGUGGACGUGCCGGACCACGCCCACUACACCAUCGGCUCCACGAUCCUCGCCAUCGGCAUCACCGGAAUAGUCGGCAACUUCCUGGUCAUCUACGCUUUCAGCAGGAGCCGCAGCCUGCGCACGCCGCCCAACAUGUUCAUCAUCAACUUGGCUGUCACCGACCUGUUGAUGUGUGUCACUCAGGCGCCCAUCUUCUUCAUCAGCAGCAUGCAUAAGAGGUGGAUCUUUGGCGAGAAAGCGUGCGAGCUGUAUGCGUUUUGCGGCGCCUUGUUUGGAAUCUGCUCCAUGAUCACGCUGACGGUGAUCGCCGUGGACCGCUACUUCGUCAUCACGCGACCCCUGACCUCCAUCGGUGUGUUGUCGCGCAAAAGGGCCCUCGCCAUCCUGGCGGCGGCAUGGGCGUAUUCUCUGGGGUGGAGCCUGCCGCCCUUCUUCGGAUGGAGCGCGUACGUGCCCGAGGGCCUGCUGACGUCGUGCACGUGGGACUACAUGACGUUCACGCCAUCGGUGCGAGCGUACACCAUGCUGCUGUUCAUCUUCGUCUUCUUCCUGCCGCUCCUCGUCAUCGUCUACUGUUACGUCUUCAUCUUCAGGGCCAUACGCAACACCAACAAGGCAGUGGGCAAGAUGAGCGGAAGCGGCGUGCACGCCCACGUGGCCUCUCGCGACUCCACCAAGUCCUUCCACCGGCUGCAGAACGAGUGGAAGAUGGCCAAGAUCGCGCUCAUCGUCAUCUUGCUCUACGUGGUCUCCUGGUCGCCGUACUCCACCGUGGCGCUCACCGCCUUCGCCGGGUACGCUGACAUGUUGACACCCUACAUGAACUCGGUGCCCGCCGUCAUCGCCAAGGCCUCGGCCAUCCACAACCCCAUCAUCUACGCCAUCACGCACCCCAAGUACAGGGUGGCGUUGGCCAAGUACAUCCCGUGUCUCGGCACUCUUCUGUGCGUGCGUCCUCUGGACCUUCGCUCGGCUGGCAGCAGUUUCGUGUCCACGCGGCGCUCCACCGUCACCAGCCAGACGUCCGACAUAAGCGUGCACUUCCGACGACGCAGCAGGAGUCGCCUCUCCUCGGUCUCCGACAGCGAAUCGGGUUUAACAGACACGGAGGCGGACCUGACCAGUCUGAGCUCCCGGCCCGCCAGCCGCCAGGUGUCCAGUGACAUCGGCAGGGACACGGCGGGAUUGGCCGAAUUCAAACCGUCGUCCAGCUUCAAGGGAAAAAUGAAGAAUCACGACUCGGGAAUCUUUGAGAGGACAUCUUUUGACACGGACAUUUCCAUGAUUGGCAUCGGCGAACGCGGCAGCAUUCCGAAUAGUGGCGACUUGGGAGACGCUCACGCGAGCAGAAGCGUGCUAAGUCGUAUCCCGAGCAUCGUCAUUACCACGGAGUCCAGCCCCUUCCUCCCCAUCGGACGCAGCGGCUCACGCUACACCCGGGCCAAGGCCACCUACAGCAGCACGGGGGCCGGCUCUGGAUGAAGCACGAGAUCGGUCCGCUUUCCGUCGGAAUCUUCGAAACGCACACACACAAUGACACAAACACGGAAAUUUGCUUUGUAUUCAAUGACCCUCUUAAAUAGCGAGCACGCUUCAUAUACAUGUUGUCGCCCGCUUUGUAUUUAGGUUGUCAAGAGUUCUACAAUAGUUUCGCAUUCAUUUCGCUGUUUUUUUU